AUGAGAAACGUGUUUCCAGCGACAAAGCUUUUCAUCACUGUGGCCAAUCCAUGUCACAGCCACGGAUUCAUCACCGCAUCAGUUUCGAUUAUACUAAAGGCAAUGUAUUAUCACGGCGCCCAAGCGAAUUCUUCCCAAGAAAGGCGCAGUCAAAAAGCAAUCAGCGAUAGGAAACGGAUCUGUGCUUUGCAAUAG